AUGGAGCUUAUUGUUGCUCUCUUGCAUGUGGUAAUGGCCAUCAUCAAAUUUUCCAAGACCAAUGGGACUGCUUGUGCCUUGCGAGGAGAAUCUUCAUACCCACAACUAUCAAAGGAUGGGAAUAUCAUAGUCGGAGGGAUUUUCCCCUUUCAUAGCAAAUGGGAGAUCACAAACUUGUCCUAUUCGAUCACACCAUCUCCAAUAAGAUGCAUGAGUCUUAAUUUCAGAGCAUUCCAGUAUUCACAGUCCUUGAUCUUUGCAAUAGAGGAGAUCAACAACAGUUCCUCUUUACUGCCUGGUGUCUCAUUGGGCUACAAAAUCUACGACACCUGUGGUUCUACAGCAGUGGGGGUCAGAAUGGCCAUGACACUUAUGAAUGGAAAUGAAAACACAGUCUUGGAUGAGCCCUGCACAAAGCCUGCACAAGUACAAGCCAUAAUAGGAGAGUCGUACUCAUCAGUGUCCAUGGCUGUUACGAAGACUAUUGGACCUUUCAGCAUUCCAAUAAUCAGCCACUAUGCCACCUGUGAGUGUCUCAGUGACAAACGGAAAUAUCCCUCAUUUCUACGCACUAUUCCCAGUGAUUACUACCAGAGCAGAGCACUGGCAGAAAUGGUCAGGCACUUUGGCUGGACCUGGGUGGGAGCAAUAAGAAGUGAUGAUGACUAUGGCAAUAAUGGGAUGGCUGCAUUCACUACAGUUGCAGAGCAGUUGGGCAUAUGCUUAGAAUAUUCCCUUCCAUUUUUUAAAACAUACUCUAGGGAAAAAGUUCUGAGAAUUAUUGAGCAGAUCCAAAGCUCCACUUCUCAAGUGAUACUGGGAUUUCUUGACAACUUUGACUUACAGAUUUUGAUAAGUGUAUUUCUUGAGCACAAUAUCACUGGAUACCAGUGGGUGGGAACUGAGGCCUGGAUAUCUGAUACACAACUGGCUACAAUGGACAAGCACAAAAUAUUGCAAGGAGCCAUAGGGCUGGCUAUCCCCAAAACUGAGGUGACAGGUCUGAAAGAGUUCAUUUUGGAUAUAAACCCACUGAAAUCUGCAGGCAAGGCCAUUUUUAUAAAAUUCUGGGAAGCUUUGUUUAAUUGUAGAUACAUAAAACAGAAUGAAACCAAUGAUUUGCCAGUGUGCACAGGUGAAGAGAAACUUUCAGAGAUUGAAAACACCUUCACUGACAUGAACCUGAUGCCAAUUUUCAAUAAUGUGUAUAAAGGGGUUUAUGCUAUUGGCCAUGCUCUACAUGACCUUCUGGGCUGUAAAGAAACAUGUCCAACAAACAAGCAGCCUGAUCCUGUUACAUUUCUAGAACACCUCAAAACAGUGCAUUUCAAAACCAAAAUGGGUGAAGAAGUUUAUUUUGAUGAAAAUGGUGACCCUGCUGCAAGAUAUGAGAUAAUAAAUUGGCAAACAAGUAAAGAUGAGCUUGUAUUUGUCACUGUUGGACUUUAUGAUUCCACUUUCUCUGCUCACAAUCGAUUAGCAGUAAAUGUGGCCUCUGUUCUAUGGGCACAAAAUACCAAUCAGGUCCCCAUAUCUGUGUGUAGUGAAAACUGCCCUCCAGGCACCAGGAAGGCUGUGCAGAAAGGAAAGCCUGUGUGCUGCUUUGACUGUAUUCCAUGUGCAGAAGGAGAGAUCAGUAAUAUAACAGAUUCUAUAAAAUGUGAACAAUGCUAUCAAGACUACUGGUCAAAUACACAGAGGGAUGAAUGCAUAAAAAAAGAAACUGAAUACCUGUCCUAUGAGGAAACAAUGGGAUCUUUGCUAACAGUUUUAUCUAUUAUGGGUGCAUUUAUGACAAUUGUAAUAGGAGUCAUAUUCUUUAGAUAUAAAAAUACUCCAAUAGUCAAAGCCAACAACUCAGAGCUCAGCUUCCUGUUGCUCUUCUCUCUGACUCUUUGUUUCCUCUGUUCACUUACUUUCAUUGGUCGACCAUCUGAGUGGUCCUGUAUGCUGCGUCACACAGCGUUUGGGAUCACCUUCGUCCUCUGUAUCUCCUGUGUUCUGGGGAAAACAAUAGUGGUGUUAAUGGCCUUCAGGGCUACACUUCCAGGCAGUAAUGUCAUGAAAUGGUUUGGGCUUCCACAGCAGAGGCUCAGUGUUCUUGCAUUCACUUUCAUACAAGUCCUUAUUUGUGUGCUUUGGCUAACAAUUUCACCUCCUUUUCCCUUCAAAAAUCUGAAGCUCUACAAAGAAAAGGUUAUUUUAGAAUGUAAUGUGGGUUCAAUCAUAAGUUUCUGGGCUGUACUGGGUUACAUAGGAUUCCUGGCUCUCUUGUGUUUUGUUUUGGCUUUUCUAGCACGGAAGUUGCCUGAUAACUUUAAUGAAGCCAAAUUCAUCACAUUCAGCAUGCUCAUAUUCUGUGCAGUUUGGAUCACCUUUAUUCCAGCUUACGUCAGCUCUCCUGGAAAAUUCACUGUAGCUGUGGAGAUAUUUGCUAUUCUUGCCUCAAGUUUUGGUUUGUUAUUCUGUAUAUUUCUUCCAAAGUGUUACAUAAUCAUACUGAAACCAGAGAAGAACAAUAAAAAGCAACUAAUGGGUAAAGUACCGAUUAAGUGAGGUAAUAGUUUAUG